GGUUGUCACGGGUUACCGGCUCUGAGCUUCUUGAUCCCGGUCUGGAUUCCAGGGGGGGAGAGAGAGAGGAGAUGCUGGAGCGGCGUGAGUGACCGACUGGAUGCUGCCAGGCUCUCUCUCCAGCCCACCGUUUUUGUUUCAGAUUUCCAGCAUCCACUGUUGUGUUCAUUACCAAAUUGUCUUAAAUGGAAAGAUUGGAUAGGGUUAGUCCAGAACCAGAGGACUGUUUUAAGUCAAAUAUGAGAAAGUGAAGACUGCAGAUGCUGGAGAUCAGAGUUGCGAGUGUGGUGCUGGAAGAGGCAGCAUCCAAGGAGCAAGAGAGUCAACGUUUUGGGCAAGAGCCCUUCAUCAGGAAUGAGGCUUGUUCAUGAACUAGAGUUCUAAUUAUAGGUGGUUUGCCAAAGGAAAAUAUUGCUCAACUGUUAGAACACCAUGCUGGAAGAGGAUAUUGAAGUCGCUAUCAAGGUGGUAGUUGUUGGCAAUGGAGCUGUUGGUAAAUCGAGCAUGAUUCAGCGGUACUGCAAGGGUAUUUUCACCAAGGACUACAAGAAAACUAUUGGAGUGGAUUUCUUGGAAAGACAAAUUCAAGUUAAUGAUGAAGACGUCAGAUUAAUGUUGUGGGAUACAGCAGGGCAAGAGGAGUUUGAUGCUAUUACAAAAGCCUACUAUAGAGGUGCUCAGGCGUGUGUGCUGGUGUUCUCCACUACAGACAGAGAUUCCUUUGAGGCUAUACCAAGCUGGAAAGAGAAGGUUGAAGCUGAAGUCGGAGACAUCCCUACAGUCCUGGUACAGAACAAAAUAGACCUCCUGGAUGAAACUGUACUUAAAAACGAAGAAGCAGAAGCCCUAGCUAAAAAGCUGAAGCUUCGGUUUUAUCGAGCUUCUGUGAAGGAGGAUCUCAAUGUCACUGAAGUUUUCAAGUAUCUGGCUGAGAAGUACCUUCAGCGACUCAAACAGCAUACUACUGAAGAACAGGAACAAGUACAUGUGACAAGCAAUCGCAUAGGAGUAUUUAAUACAGCUGGCGGCAGUCACUCUGGCCAGAAUUCCAACAUGAUAAAUGGUGGAGCAGUUAUCAGCCUUCGGCCAAACAAGCAGAGGACCAAGAAGAGCAGAGGCCUUGGAGCCCGCUGUGGAAAACUCUAGCGGUCUCAUAAUAUGUGCUGUCUGUGCAACUGUUGCGAUCAGUAAGAGUUUUUAAUUUGGAUAUUCUGACACUUCAGAGGUAGACUAUAAUUACAGACACUCCAGUACUUGGCUGUCAACAACUAAGAUAGUACAGAGGCUUUGAAAAGCAAAUCAUUCGGCCCAAAAUUGGUUGAAGGUUGUGAUAGUUUAAAAGUGGAACGAUGCCUGUCUGUAAAUGGAACAUGUGACCACUGACUUGUCUGAUUUACUGUCGCUAUGUAUGGAUCAGAUUGAAGAUGUUAGGUUUGUUUACAAGUUAUUCACGUUUUAUUCCGAAAAUCGAUGUGCUCAAGUUGUGCAGCAUUUCUGCAUCCAGCCAGAACUACCGUGUUAUCUAAAAGGAAAGCAAUCAUGAAUGCAGUAUGAUUUAAUCUGUGAAAGCACUUCCUUCAAGUGAGAAAGUAGCCCAGUUACCAGGACCAAGAAUCACCAGAUCAAGCUUAAAAUACUUAAGAAAAUUUGCUAUCACCCUUUUUUAAGAAAAGAAAAGCAUUUUAUUGAAUUAUGAAAUUCUAUUGUCAUUUGAACAGAUAUAACAAAAACAUUGCCAUUUGUGCUUUACAUUUGGUUAUUAAUUGAUGGGACUAACUUCAGUGACCUGUGCAAUAUUUCAGUGUUGGAUGCAGCUGAAGUAAGAUAUUUUUUCACUAGGAGUAAUGGGUUUUUUGGAUGGUUUGAUUUGAUUGUACUGUUUAGGUAUGUUUUAAACAAUUGGCAUUUGGUAUUUCAAUGUUUGUAAUCAUACAAUCGCUAUUUGUAUACUAGAGACAUUUUUUAAGGAACAUUUGUCACAAUGCCUGUUGUUUGCUUGCAUGUAAGUUUUUAAGUAAUUAUCUUUACAGGCCUUAUUAUUCAGACUGACAUUUGCAUGAGUGCCAAAUCAGCACUACAACAAUUGCCUUUGUCUUUCCUUGUUUCUGACAAGAAUAUAAGGCACCCCUACUAGGAUUCUGAAAUUAAAAGAUAAGUAGAGCCUACUGCAAGAGGCACCGUCUGGAGUUGCUUUACCUGACCACACCACUUGUAUGCCAUACUGCGUGUCUAGAGAUCACAAUUUCCUGACUGCAUGAUUUUUAUUUUUAUUUUAUGUGGAUAUAAACUCCCUGCCUGAGCUUUCUAUUGUACUCAGUUAUAACUGUUCACCUCUAGCAAGUAACAGCACUCAGUUGUUGAAUUAAAGAGUAUAGAAUUGGUGAGCAGGAGGUGAUGAACUGGCCCAUCAAGCUGCCCCUCUCUCAUGAUGGACAGGUUUCUUGAUGGAACACUAUUUUUCUCACACCUCUCCCCUCAGACAUCCAAUCACCUGGAUAGAUAUUCCUGAAAACAUAUUCUUGAGAAAUUCCUCUUCACCUUCCUCAAGCAAUCAAAACUGGACUGGAUAAUGAGGUGGACCAAUUGUUUCAUAUUUUUAAAAUCUGGUUAUUUAAGGCACUGCCAGGAAAGACACUUUGAAUAAAAUAUCUUCCUCGGAGGUGAUGUCAGGAGAAUGAGAUUGACUAACUGUGCUGCUCACUUAGUGGCACAACAGAGGUAUUUCACAAUGUGUUUCUCUUUUGCUUCUAGCCAGAAAUGUUCUUUGUUAAUAUAGCUGAAAUACAAGGCACCAAUGAGUUAUUCUGCUAUACACACAGUACUGACAGGUUAAGCAUUUGCAUUAAAGUAAGUCAAACUAAAAUAUAAUCUUAGAUUUCUCUAUGUACAGACCGACUGGUAAUCCAUGCUUUUCUAUUGCUGUUUACAAUAAGUAGCAUUUUCACUUUAAAAUGGGUAGAAUAUUUUGAGAUUUGCAAUAUACUAACACUGGAUUAGUGAUGCUGGCAGAGCACCGCAGUUCAGGCAUCAUCCA